AUGGUUAGGUGUGGGUUUCACAAUCAUAAACUAUAUGAGGAUUUAGAUGGUCAUGACGUAUUGGGUCGUCUAAAAUUUUAUGAGAGACAGUUUGUGAAUGGCAUGAUGAAGUACAAUAUGAUUCUAUGGUACAUAGUUUCUACCUUGAAAGACAAAGAUUCAGGAAACCUCACAAGUGUUACCCAAGUGUAUAAUGCUAGAGCUACAUACAAUGUGAGCAAGAGAGGCUUCCCUUAUUCGGAGGAUGAAAGGAGGGAAAACUUCAAAUGGACACUGGAGAAGCUCAAAGAGUUAAUCUCUUUAGAGAAAUUUCUACCUAAUAUUAUGGUGAUGGAUCGAGAACUUGCAUUGAUGAAAGCAAUUAAAGUUGUGUUUCCAAAUUCAACUCAUUAUGUGAUUGAAACAUGGUUGACACCUUAUAAAGAAAGGUUUGUUGCUGCUUGGACUAACAUAAUCACUCAUUUAUGUAACACAACAAUGAACAGGGUGGAGUCUGCUUAUUGGAGACUAAAAAACAUGUUGACUACAAGCAAGGGAGAUUUAUACCGAAGUUGGGAUGUUGUGAACACCAUGUUGAAGUUGCAGCUUGGUUCAAUCAGGGUCUCGUUCCAAAAAAGUAUUGACAACAUUGAGCAUCGAUAUAACACUCCAUUCUAUACCAACUUGCACGGUUUUGUUUCAAGGAAGUUUAUACAUCAUAUAAGGAAGAAACUACAAAGGGUAAAAUAUAUUGGUACAAGCAAAUACGCUUGCGGUUGCUUCAUUAGAAUAAGAUAUGGGUUACCUUGUGCAUGCCAACUUGUCGGUUUCCAAAUACAAGGCAAACUUGUUCCUUUAGAUCCAAUUCAUGUUUUUUGGAAGAAAUUACACAUUGAAGAGCAUGGUGUCAAUCAUGAAGAUACGGGUACAAAGUUAGAUUUAGAAGCAGAAUGUGAAGAGUUGAAGACAUAUUUCAAUUCUUUGGAUAUUGUAGGCCAGAAGGUGUUAAAGAAAAAGGUUAUGAAACUAAAACAUCCAUCCACAACUUUGAUGUAUCCACCGUCGGUGAAGUACAAGCCAAAGGGGGGAGUUAAGAAGAGCGGAAAGGGUGAAGCGAGUGAUGUGCAUCAUGAUCCUUCACAGUGGAAGUAUGGUGAGGGAUCGCAGGGGAGUCAAACUACAAAGAAAUCAUGCACGAAACCAAUAGGAAGUCAAACUUCAAGUCUGCCAAGUCAAAGUCAAUCGGCCACUGUAUCUUCAAGGCAUCUUUACUUGUCUCUAUUUCUUGGUUUCUUGCAUCCAUGCAUUGAUGACAUUAUUGAUAUGGGCGACGAUGGAAAUUAUGGUUUUCAGGAUAUUGUAACUUUACUUGGAUAG